AUGCUUCGAACUCUAACAUGGCUCACGAACAAAGCCGUGGAUGAGGUAACCGAAGAGCCAGAGGCAUACGAUGAAGUACGUCAGAAACUCAUUGAUGUCCUGGUCUAUGAAGAAGAACGAAUUGGAAAGUUCAAGGGAUACCAACUGUCAACAAUUCUGAAAGAAAGCUGGGCUAUCGGAGCUUCUUGCCUAGGUGUCGGAACUGUCAACUGCGGGUCCUGGUCGGGGUUCCGUUGCAAAGACGUUGAUGUCUUUCCUGAUCAGAACACCAACGUCUGA